CGGCCACCGAUGGAAACUGACGGUUGGACGGCUGGCGCCGCGCAACCAAACUCGGGCAGUUUGAAACGCUCCCUCCCGCGCUGAUGAGAGUGCGCUCGAAAUACAGAUUAUCAAACAACUUGGCCUUUGUCACGUUGUAAUUCCUUGCAUUCAAAGUAGGAUUGAUGGAAUUCUGCAGAUCAACUAUACUGCACAAGGUGUGGAGCUCUGAAGUACAGUCACCAGAUAAAUUUAUCAAACAACCCUAUUUGGAUGGAAGUUUUCAAAUAUUACCAAUGUCUGACACCUUGUCCAUGCCAUCAUUUGCUGCAUAUCCAGUGGAUAAACCCUUCCUCAACGCUGACUUGAGACAGUCCCCAGAUAAGCCCAUUGUUGCAUAUCCAGAGAGUAAUAGUAGAGCGGUACUUUCAGCGUUAAGAAAUCUUCAAGAGAAGAUUCGCAGGUUAGAGCUUGAACGAACACAGGCAGAGGAAAAUCUGAAACGCAUCUCUAAGGAGACAGCAGAGUACAAAAAAAUGUUAGAUAAGAGCCAACAAGGAGCCGGUGACACACCGACAGAAGUAGCACAGCAUAAUAGAGCAUUGGCAACUCAGUUGUCAGCAGCUGAGUCUCGUUGUAACAUUCUGGAAAAACAGCUAGAGUACAUGAGAAAAAUGGUACAGAAUGCUCAAAUGGAACGAGGAGCAAUGCUACAGAGACAGGCAUCUUUGGAAAAGAAGAGCUCUUUGGACCAGACAGAUCUACAAUCAAAGCUUGAAAAACUUGACUUAAUUGAGCGAGAGUAUCUCAAACUCACAGCAACACAGACUGCAGCAGAGAAAAAAAUCUGUGAAUUAGAACAGAAGUUACAAGAGGAAGAACAUCAACGAAAACUAAUACAGGAUAAAGCCGCACAGUUGCAGACUGGCCUGGAAAGAAAUAGAAUUUUGUUACAAGCAGUGUCACCAAUACAACCAUCAGCACAACCAAGGGCAAAGAAAGUAAAGGAUAAGAAACAGCAUCUGGUGAAGAAGUCUUGUACAAACCAUUUUCAUGCACAACCCCAUUAUCGCUUUAAUCUGAGUGAUAUUCCAUUUGUUGCAGGAAAAUCAGCUAGUCCAAGUCAUUCAGUCCGUGCUAAUGUUCAGCAUGUGUUGCAUCUGUUGAAGCAACAUAACAAGAUCUUGUGCAAUGACCGAGUAGUCAGUGAGCAGCCAAUGGUCAAAAAAAAAGUCUCUAGAACCUCCAACUUGAUGACUGAAAGUUCCUCUGGGUCUACUAUAUCUUCCAAUUCCCAUGAGGUACUGUCUGAACUAUUGUUGACGUUACAAGAUGAAUUUGGACAAAUGAGUUUUGAGCACCAAGAAUUGGUUAAACAGAUACAUGAAGCAAAAACAAAUGCAAUGAGAGAAGACUUGGAGCGAGAGUUAGAAGCAUUGGUGAAAAGAAUGGAAGCAAAAGGAGAUCAGAUUGCUAAAGUCCGCAAACAUCAAGCAUCACUUAAAAAAUUUCAGGAAACAGUGAAGAAAAAGCAUUCUGCCGGAGGAGUGACAAAUCAGAGAAAAACUCGUGCUGCAAAUGAAGUGCAAGUUACAACAACUGUAACAACUAAAGGAAAAGAUGCUUCUGCUAUUAAAGUACGACCAGGAAAUAAAACCAAGGGGAGCCUUUGCUUGUUAAGAGAUAUGCAGACUCUACAAACCACUCUCCGAAAAGAUGAUGUGAAUUGGGUUUAUUGAAGGUAUUAAGUGUUGUGAAAUUAAUUCCAUGCUACACUUGUUUGCACCAGAAGAAUGUGCAUUUUAUAGCUGGUUCUCCAACCUUGGAUCAUCUUAAAGUGCUUUACAGUGAAUGAAGUACUUUUUGAAGUCAACAACUUUUGGGCUGUAAUGAUUUAAAAUUACUUAAUUCCACUCUUCAAAAACAAAACUUUGAGUUAUAUAUCUUUUGAAGGUGAAAUGUCAAGACUGUACACUUUGUAUAAGGACAAACUUGAUCCUGGUUUGUGGACCACUGCACUUCUGCAAUGUUGUCUUGUGAUUUCAGUGUUGUAUCUUCUGCACAUGUGCUCUUCCAAGUUACAGGUGCACAGUUUCAUGUAUAUCUCUUAUCUGGGAAGUUGGAAAAAAUGAAUCAGAGAUUCAACUUGAUCACCUACAACUUUAAAAGUAUAUUUACUCCUGUGAAUACUGCCCUUCAUGGUUAAGCAAAGUUUGAUGCUGUGACCAUUUUAGUGACAAUUAAUAUGGACUGAAGUUCAGCAAUGCUUUUAAAUUUUAAGCUUCAACUGAACCUGAAGAUUUUAUUUUAAAUGACCUUUGGGUUGGUAUACUUACUCAGGGAAGCCUAUCCAAAUAAUGUAUUCAAAAGAUAAGCUGAUUUAAAGUGACAAUCCUUUUUUGUAUUUUUUUUAUUUGUUAACUCUACAAUUACAGAUGUUUUCUGUAUAGAAUAUGCAGAAUUGUUGAUCUGGUUUUUAAAAUUUAGUAGACCAUGUUAAUAUUUUUAUACCUUUUGAUGCUACUGUUCAGCAACAUGUUGCCCCUCCACAAAUACUUAAAUAAUAAAUCUAUUUUACAAUCUUGAAUGUUUUGUUGGGUGGCUGUCAAGGUAUUUAUCCAAAACCUGUGUGCUUGCAGCACUUUAUUAACUUAUAGGCAUUUUUAUUAAUUAAACCUAAAUUUUUGUGUGCUUUAUGUAGGGUUGGACCAACAGAUUUCAACUAUAUUGAGCUCUGCUAAGACUGAAAGGAAUUUGUCUUGUGUUGAGCCUCUGUUUUUUUGCAUGUGAGAAAAUCCCUCAAUUCUAUUUGAGGGCUUUGCACAAGUGAAGCCUUGUGUCUGGCUAAUUCAGUUUAUUAGGAUCAAAUCUGUUGUACAUUUUUUCUUUUCAUUGCAGAUAGAUAAGUAAUUUGAAAAAUAAAUGUGGGUUCUGGAUUUUUUAAAUCCAAUUUUAUUUUGCUGUACCUUUUCAGAAAACUCUGUGACUCUUUGCUUAUUGGUGACUUGCCUUUUGGACUAUUUGUGGUGUGUGCAGUAAAUUUGGUAAAUGGGAUUUUAUUUUAGUUUUGCUCUCAGCAUUUGUUUCUGAAGUAUAUAGCAUUGGGCAAUACAUGCAGUAAAUUCAUGUGAUUCAUACUAUAUUAAUAUAUUAAUGGGUAUGAAUGUCAUGAUCAUCCUGAUUUUAAUACUCUCUUGGCUUGUAUGGAUUCUAGUAUUUACCCAUUUGUCAUUAAGGUAGUGGCUGAAUUCACAGGAAUUUUUCAGCAUAUAAGAUUAUAAGGUUACCAAAACUUUUUCUUGGUUUAAUUCAGUAGCCAAGUUUCCAUAAUGUAUUUCCUCUCUAACUUGUGGUGAGGUUGUAUUUGUGCUAGUGCUUUAAAACUAUAUUUUAACACCCACCUGAAUAUGUGGAACUAUUUGAAUAACUCAAGCUUUUUGAGUCGUCACUUUCUUUUUUGCACAUCUAUAACAACAGCCAAACAGUAUGUUUACAUUGAGUGGAGAAAGGAAAUAGAUCCUCACUCAAGUACUGGAUACAUCAUAAUAUAUUCUCAUCUCUGGGAUGAGUGAAGGGGAAAUAAGGAUAUGAAAUUUCUGUAGAUGUGUAAAUGGUUUUACUUGGAAUGUGAUCUUGUGAUUAUCAUGUGAAAUAAAUCAUAUUAAAAGGGGUUUUCUAAAUGGCAAAUGAUAAUCAAUAUGUCAAACAUGAAUUAAUCAGGUAAUUUUGCCACAAUGAUUGAUUAGUGCAAGUGGUCUAAAUGUAAUUUCAGUUUGGUGAGCUAUUUCUGGAAAAAUUGACUCAAUGGAGCAAUACACUAAUGUUUAAAUCUUGCAUGGUAGUGCUGCCCGCUAACAUUAUGAACAAAUCCAUAAUGUUCCAUCAGCAAUCUUUACUUUUGUUGAUGCAGAAUAGCUACCUUAAGUUCUACUUUUAAGUAUUUUCUUUGGAGGCAAUGGAUUUUGUUGUAUGAACACAAGUAGUAGUAGUAAUCCAUUUAGCCCUUUGUCUACUGCAAAGCCAUUUUCCAUCACAGUCCCUUUUCUCUUAAUGGCCAGAAAUCAAUCACUAUUUUGAAUUAACUACUGAAGCUCCACAGUACAGGUUCACCAUCUUUUGCACAAAGAAAUUUCUUGCUUUAGUUCUAAAGACCCAAUUCUGAAACCAUGCCCCUUGAUCCUAGAUUUCUUGGUUUGGGGGGGGGGGGGGGGGGGGUGGAAAAUCAUCUUCCCUACAUCUAGCCUGUUAAGCCUUUAAGAAUUUUGAAAAGUUCAAUCUAUCUCUCAUUAUUCUAAACUGAGACUGAUAUCACUAAGGAUGACCAGUUACUUUUUGCAGGUGCUGAGGGAGAGAAGCUAAAGAUAGAGAAAAUAUUUGCAGUACACAACUGAAUGUUAAAUGAAACGGGAGCAACAGAAGGCAGCAAAAUCACUUAAGGAGAAUAUGCCAAUUUAAGGCGGGUGGGGGUGGGGGAAUGUAAUCUGAAGGUAGCUCUUUCAUCACGAUGAUGGUAUCAGUGGGACAGUGGUAAAAGAUAUAGCCAGAGGCUACAUUUUGCCUUUCUCCCCACUGACACUGCCGAAUGCUUCCAACAUAUCGUUUUUGUUACAAUGCAAUCAGAGUUUUGUUUUGCUAGAAUCAGUACCGAUGCUCCAGGUAGUGUAGUGGUUAGCAUAAUACUAUUACAGCACCAGUGACCUGGGUUCAAAUAUGGCCACUGUCUGUAGGGAGUUUGUACGUUCUCCCCGUGUCUGCGUGGGUUUCCUCUCACAUUCCAAAGACAUAUGGGUUAGGAAGUUGUGGGCAUGCUAUGUUGGCACUGGAAGCAUGGCAACACUUGGGGACUGCCCCCAGAACAUUCUACGCAAAAAGAUGUAUUUCACUGUGUUUUGAUGUUCAUGUGACUAAUAGAGAUAUCUUAUCGCCUUGUGUAAUAAAUAAUAGGGUGUAAUAAAUACUUCAAUAUUG